CAUUAUCUUCAUUUCCUUCUAACUAAUCUAUUUUUUUAUGCUUCAGGGCUGUUGCAGUGAAGCCGAAGCCCAGCAAACAGGAAGGAGACAGACUCCACCUCAGCCAAUUCAGUGUGAAUUGCCCACUGUACCGGUUCAGAUAGGACCGCACUUUCUGAAAGGAAUAUCCUUUAAUGAGUCUGCAGCAGAAAACCUGAAGCUGAAAACGCACACAAUGUUGCAACUAAUUAAAGAAGCUGGAUGCCAUAAUGGACUUACACCACGGGAUGACUCUCCUGUUACCGAAGUACUAAAUCAGGUUUGCCCUUCGACUUGGCGUGGAGCCUGCAAAACUGCUGUGCAAUUGUUAUUUGGCCAAGCAGGACUGGUGGUUGUGGACACAGCACAGAUUGAAAAUAAAGAAGCCUACGCUCCUCAAAUAAGUUUAGAAGGAUCCAGAAUAGUGGUGCAAGUUCCAUCGACUUGGUGUCUAAAAGAAGAUCCAGCAACAAUGUCUUUGCUACAGAGAAGUCUGGAUCCAGAGAAGACUUUGGGACUAGUAGAUGUGCUCUAUACUGCUGUGUUUGACAUACCAAGGUGGAAGGAGGGAAGGGAGCAAGCUUUGCCUUGUAUUCAGAUCCAGUUGCAGCGUGAAAUCUCAGACUUUGGGAACCAAGUUGACAUGCCAUCUGGAAAUGGAAGCAAAUCUUCAGGUGGUCUACAAAAGACAUUUUCAAAACUGACUUCACGGUUUACAAAAAAAACUUCCUGUACCAGUACAAGUAAUAGUGGAAGUUAUUCAAUCCCCAGUACACCUUCCAAAAAUGUCUUCAUAAGUUCCAGCUCAGAGGAGAAGGCUAAAAUGCCCACUAACAUAGAUGCACGGCUACAAAGCAUUUUGAACAUUGGUAACUUUCCUAGGACCACAGAUUCACUGCAGUCAAUUCAGAGCACAAAUAAUCAGAUAGUAAAUGGGUUUUUAGUUGAAAGACAGGACAACUUCUUCAAACUGGAUGAAAGCAAGGAUGACAAAGGUAUGAAUUUACCAACUGACCAAGAAAUGCAGGAUGUUAUAGAUUUCUUGUCUGGUUUCAACAUGGGCAAAUCCCAGCAGACUUCUCCAAUGGUGAAAAGAAGAAACUCUAUUGCAUCCUCUACAGCAACAGAACAAAAAUCAGGAACAGUACAACAGCAGCCCCAAUCUGUCUCUCACACACCACUGCAUCCUUCUCAAGGCUUGUCACAGCAACAACAGUCACAAAAGCAGCAGCAGCAAAUGCAAUAUUACCAACAUUUGCUUCAACCUAUCGGACCACAGCAACGUGUACCUGCCAAAUGGCUGACUAAUUCUUCACAGCAGCCAGCCCAAACUGUUGGAGCUGGAUUAUCUCAUUUAAACCAGUGGAAUAAUCCUGGUUUUUCAGAUUUAAGCUCUGAUUUAUACAGUUUGGGUCUUGUAAGCAGUUAUAUGGACAAUAUGAUGUCAGAGAUGUUAGGACAAAAGCCACAAGGACCUAGAAACAACACGUGGCCAAAUCGUGACCAAACUGAUGGAGUGUUUGGAAUGCUGGGAGAAAUUCUGCCUUUUGACCCUGCAGUUGGGUCUGAUCCAGAGUUUGCCCGCUAUGUUGCUGGGGUUAACCAGGCUAUGCAACAAAAAAGGCAAGCACAGCACGUCCGUCGUCCAAGCAACACACGAAGCAACUGGCUUCUGCCUGAUGAUCCUCACAAAACCUGGCCCUUUCCUGAGUAUUUCACAGAAAGGUAACAGAAUGGCCAAGCUACAUU